CAGGCGUCGGCAGUCUGCGUUCCGAGGCGACGUGGCCUGCACGACGGAGCGACAUACCGCGUCCUCUCCAAUUCUCAGUGCGCUCUCUUCUCUCUUUUCCUUCUCCUCCUCCUCCUCUCCACCGCACGCUGUCUUCCGUCUUUCUGCCUCCGAUUCCCUCUCUCCGGAUCUUUCUCUCCCACUUCAUCGCGUGUCCCUGUGCUUCUCUCGUCGCCACCGUCCUUGCGCCUGACUCUGUUUCUCUCUUUCUCUCUUUAUCCGUCUCGAUUUAUCACGCGCGAUUCUCUUUGUCGCUCCAGCACCUGGCUCGCGACGCGACUCUCCGCUCCGGAUACUCGGCGACUUCGUCAACACGCCUCGCCGCCGCCGUCUUCGUGGUCGUCGUCAUCGUCGCCGCGCAGUAGACACAUACAGACGUACGCGUAGCGAGAGAGAAAGAGAGAGGAAUUCGCAGUGCCACGUUUCGAAACGCCCGGUCGUCGCCGUGUCGCGCGUGUGUCCGCUGCACGAGGAGUAGUGAACUGUGCGGAGAACGAGCGAGCAACGGUCGCUCGCUCGCUCGCUCGCUCGCUCGUGUUUCCAGCUCCGGUGUGUUCGUUCGCGGGUGUCAGUGACAUUAUUCUAGUCUAGAGCACGCGACUCGGGUGUUUUUCGAGAAUUCACGAAGUGCCAUAUCGUGUACGAGAUCGGAGCGGUAUAAGACGGCGCUCGCAUUUGCAUAUGCCGCGCGGCAGGUUGGAAUCCGAAAGUGAGGGAACCCUUGGCCGAUUCCCCGAACGACGGGAGGGCUCGAGUAACCGAUCGCGUUCCAGCCGAAGCUGGUGCACGUCGCGGUAAACAGCGACGGAGAUAAUCGGCGAAUCUCGCAGAGACUCGCGCGUCGAGCAUUCCGUCGCGCUGCUGCGACAGCGAUAAAGACGAGGGGAAACGAGAAAGCUACUCAACGAACGAUCGAAACCGAAAAGCUCCUUCGACUCGAGUACGCAUCUCGAGAGAGAAAAAUUUGCGAAGAUGCGAGAAAAAUCGCGCGACUGAAGGGCAACGAACAGUGACUCAAAAUAUUUCGAAGGAUAGUGCGAUUUUUACGAACAUCGAAUGGUGAAACGCAAGUAAGCGGAUAAUCAACUGACUCGCGCAAAGCCGAGUUCCGAGCGGCCGCCGUCGGCUGUUAUCGGGGCGGCGUGAAAGAACACCGUCGGUUCCGCGUUCGUGCCGUGAGUGUGUCAUGAUAGUUUGCGUGGCCGGCUGGGCAUGAACGUUGAAACCUGUACCCUCUACUUCGCUGGGACGGCCCGGGGCCCGGAGAAGGACAGAAUGUCAACCCAGGCUUACUACAAGGAGCGGCUCGGCUUUGAUCCGGCGGACACCGUUGCCGAGCAUCAGCGCGAGCAGCGCUCCCAGCACGGCUACGAGGAGUCGCUCUCCAAGUUCAAAGAUGAAAGAGACGCUAUACAGAAGAAGACCUUCACGAAGUGGGUGAACAAGCAUUUGAAAAAGACUUACACGUGCUUACACGUGUGCGUCCUUGUGAACAACCAACCAUGCUGUUCCCCCACCGCGAGCAGACAUGUCGGAGACCUGUUCGAAGAUCUACGCGAUGGCCACAACCUUAUCUCCCUGCUGGAAGUGCUCUCCGGCGAGCACCUUCCGCGGGAGAGGGGCCGAAUGCGUUUCCACAUGCUGCAAAACGUGCAGAUGGCCCUCGACUUUUUGCGCUACAAGAAGAUCAAGCUGGUCAACAUCCGGGCGGAGGACAUUGUGGACGGUAACCCUAAACUCACGCUCGGCCUGAUAUGGACCAUCAUCCUGCACUUCCAGAUAUCCGACAUCGUAGUCGGCCAGGAACCGAACGUCACAGCGCGCGAGGCCCUCUUGAGAUGGGCCCGACGAUCGACCGCCCGAUAUCCUGGCGUGCGUGUGACCGAUUUCACCUGUUCCUGGAGAGACGGUCUGGCUUUCAGCGCUCUUCUCCACAGGAACCGACCGGAUCUGGUCGACUGGAGAACCGCGCGUUCGAGCCAGGCUCGAGAACGGCUUGAUCGGGUCUUCUAUGUCGCCGAGCGCGAGUACGGCGUUACCAGGCUUCUCGAUCCAGAAGACGUUGAUACCCCUGAGCCGGAUGAGAAGUCCUUGAUAACGUACAUCUCUUCGCUCUACGACGUGUUCCCGGAGCCACCGGCCAUUCACCCUCUGUACGAUGCCGAGGCGCAGAGACGAUCCGCGGAGUAUCGCGAACUCGCGAGCUCGCUUCAUUUGUGGAUCCGCGAGAAAAUGGCCCUCAUGCAAGAACGAUCGUUCCCGCCGACCUUGAUCGAGAUGAAGAAACUCGCGGCGGACAGCGCGAAGUUCAAGAACGAGGAAGUGCCGCCGCGAUACAGGGACAAGCAGAGAUUAACGUACAUCUUCCGAGACUUGCAAAAAUAUUUCGAAGCGGUGGGUGAGGUCGACAUGGAACCGGAACUGCACAUCGACAUCAUAGACAAGAAUUGGAACCGCCUGAUAAUGCUGCAUCAGGAACGUGAGCAGGCCAUUAUCGAUGAAAUUAAACGACUCGAGCGUCUGCAACGACUUGCCGAGAAAGUACACCGCGAGAUGAAAGCGACCGACAACAGAUUGGAGGAGCUCGAGAGACGCGUGGAGGACGAGGCUCGCCGGCUCGAUCGCCUGCAUCCUUUGGAGGCGAAACACGCGGUGGAUCUACUCGAGCAGGACAUACGUAACACGGAAAGCCAGAUACAAAAUAUAUUCACCGAUGUGCACACCCUCACUGAGGGUAGAUACAGCCAGGCGCCCGAACUUCACAAGAGAGUACAGAAAUUGCAUCAAAGAUGGGUCGUAUUGCGAUCCCUUCUGCACAGGCGUUUAGUGCAACCGCUCUCCGCAGUUUUCCCUGUGGAGGAGCGCGUUGUCACGAAGCACCGUACUACCGUCCACGAAACACGAUUGGUCGAUACCAAUCCUCACUUCCGCGCUUUACACGACUGUAUAGACUGGUGCAAGAGUAAACUGAAGCAUCUACAAGAAGCAGAUUACGGAUCGGACUUGCCUAGCGUGCAAAAUGAAUUGGACGUACAUCAGAGAGAGCACAAAAACAUCGAUCAGUUCCAGGCCAAGGUCGACAAGUGUGUGCAAGCGAAGAACAAUUUCCACGGCGAGGAACUUACAUUGUACAGCCAGCAUCUCAGCACCUUGCAGAAGCUCUACGCCGAGCUUCUCGCCGUAUCGAAUAAGAGACUCUCCGAUUUGGACACACUGCACGAUUUCAUACAAUCGGCAACCGGCGAGCUGGUUUGGUUGAAUGCCAAGGAAGAGACCGAAGUCACGCGUGAUUGGAGCGACAAGAACCUCAAUGUACAGAGCAUCGAACAAUAUUACGAGUCUCUGAUGAGCGAUUUGGAGAAGCGCGAGAUACAGUUCUCGGCGGUGCAAGAUCGCGGCGAAGCACUGGUCCUUCAACAUCAUCCCGCGGCGAAAACCAUCGAAGCUUACAUGUCCGCGAUGCAAACUCAAUGGGCCUGGCUACUGCAACUCACUCUUUGCCUCGAGGUGCAUUUGAAGCACGCCGCGCAAAACCAGCAAUUCUUCAAAGAGGUUCAACAGGCCGAACAGUGGAUUUCCAAACGGGACGAAACACUAAACACUGUUUAUUCGCAAUCCGAUUUCUCGUUGGACGAGGGAGAGCGGCUCUUGAAGGGCAUGCAAGAGUUACGCGAGGAAAUCAACAAUUAUGGCGAUCACGUACAGAGACUCGUGGAGAGAGCGAAGGACAUCGUUCCCAUGAAGCAACGCAAGCAGCCUGUUAUGCGACCGUUGCAGGUCACUUGCAUCUGCACUUACAAGCAAGUCAAUAUGUCCAUCGAGAAAGGGGAACAGUGCACGCUGUACGACAAUUCCGGCCGAGUUAAAUGGCGCGUUAAGAACACACAAGGCGUGGAGUCGCCCGUACCGGGUGUUUGUUUCGCGCUGCAACCUCCCGAUAAGGAAGCGCUGGAAGCUGCGGAGAGACUGAGACGGCAGUACGACAGGAGCGUCGCUCUCUGGCAGCGAAAACAAUUGAGAUUAAGACAGAACAUGAUAUUCGCGACUAUCAAGGUGGUCAAGGGUUGGGAUCUGCCGCAAUUCUUGGCGAUGGGACAGGAUCAGCGUACCGCCAUCAGGAAAGCGUUGAAUGAGGACGCGGACAAGCUGCUUUCCGAGGGUGAUCCGGCGGAUCCGCAACUCAGGAGAUUGCGACGAGAAAUGGCGGACGUCAAUCGACUGUUCGACGAUUUCGAGAAGCGCGCGAGAGCCGAGGAGGAGUCGAAGAACGUCGGGCGCAUUUUCAACGAGCAGGCGUCUUCGCUUCAGCAGGCUCUCGACGAUGCCGAGCGAGUAUUGAACACGCGUAUAGCUUCUCCGUUACCACGAGAUCUCGACAGUCUAGAACAUCUGGUGCUGCAGCACAAAGAUUUCGAGCAAAAUCUGCAACGCUUGGCGCCCGAUGUGGAACAAUUGCAGCAGACGUUCCGCGGAAUCACCCUGAAGACUCCAGCGAUGAGGAACAAGCUCGACAACGUCACAACCAAAUGGAAUCACUUGUGGAACUUGAGCAGUUUGUACAUCGAGCGUUUGAAAUGCGUCGAAAUUGUGCUGUCCAGUCUCGAGGAGAACAUGGCUGCCAUCUCCGAGUUCGAAAUCAAGCUGGCCUCUUUCGGCGAAUUGCCGUCUGACGUGAAGGGCCUGCAAAUCGUAUUGGAAGACCUGAUGGUACUGCAAAACGCUAUCGCGCAGCAGCAGGUGUCGGUAGAUCAGCUGAACGAAGACGCGCACAACGCCAGGCGUCUUGUAGAGAAGUCGAGACCGAAUCACCGCGGUCCACACGGCGACAUGGAUAGAUUGGACGCCGAGGUGAAUAAACUGAAUGCACGGUGGACGAAUGUCUGCGGACAACUGGUGGACAGGCUGCGCAGUGCCGAAACGGCCUAUGGAUUGGCGCAGCAAUAUCAGAACUCGUACCAGAACGAGGUGGACUUUGUGGAUGAAUCCUACGCGAAGCUGGAAAUAGAGAACUCGAAGAACCUACUGAGCAAAGUGCUGGAUCGCGCGCCGGCAAUCGAGGUGGUGAACAUCACGGGCGGCCGACUGAUCCGCGAGGGAAAGAUCUACGGACAAAGGCUCCGAGCGUUCAAAGAACAAUUGGAAGAUAUCUGCCCGUCGUUGGACGCGUCGGUGAAGAGGCCGCGGCGAGAUUCCGUUAUUACGGUCGAUAUUGUUGCGCGCGAUCUAGAUACGCUGAACCGGAGAUACACGACCCUCGUGAGUCUGCUUGAGGAACGAGUGAGGCAGCUGGUGCUACUCCAUCCUGAAGACACUUCCUUACAGCGUGUUCUCCAAGAACAAAGGCCGCUGCGGACGUUCCGCACAGAGUUCAACAUAUACGAAAGCACUACCAGCGAGGAGCGUUAUACUUCCACGACCACUCACUACACCCAGUCGCAAUACACCUCCGAGAGGCAUGAGUCCACCGAGACGACUUACUCGAGCGAGACCUCGAGGCGAGGCCGCGAGCAGGCCGCGUAUCGUUCUAACGGCGAGACCGCCAGCCCGGGGGCCGCUUCACCCGUCGGCGGCAGCCUGCUCAAGCGCUCGUACGAGAACGAGGCGUCGAGCAGCAGUCGGCGGCAUCAACAGCAUCAACAACAAGACUUCACGUCCGUCGUGGACAGCAGUUUUAGUAGCGAGUUUAGGGGUAGGAGGGUACCGCGCAUCGACGACGGGGCCGCUACCGGCGCGGAGAACGUGAUCGACGUUAGGGGUAUCGUAGAUCCGAGCACCGGCGAGGUCCUGACUGUCGGCGAGGCGAUCCGGCUCAGGAUCCUCGACGUUAGGAACGGUAGGAUAGUGACGUCGAGCGACGGCAGGACGAGCGUGUCGAUCGAGGAGGCCGCGCGCGACGGCGUGAUCGACGCGGCGCUGGCCGAUCGGCUGUUAGGUCCAUGCGGGGUGACGGAGGAUGGCCGUCGGGUGUCCCUGCUCGAGGCGAUUCAGCGGGAGCUCUGCGAUGCCGAGCGGUCCGACAUCGCCGAUCGUGUUAAGCAAGCGGUGGAAGAGAAAUAUAAGCUCUGCGAUGAAACAUUGUCUAAGCUCCUGCAGUGGAUCUCCGAGAUCGAGGACAAGCUGGCGGAUCAAGAUACCGUGAAAGAAGAUGUGGAAGAAUUGAGAAAGCAGAUAAUUACCAUGAAAGAAAUAAAGGAGGAUCUCGAAGCGCACAGCCGAACCGUGUCAUCCUGCUUAGAUCAGAUUCGACAAGUCGUCCUGACCGGUGGCAACGUGUUGUCCAGCGACGAAGUGUCCACAUUGGAGAAGAACGGUCGAUCUCUGAAAACCCGAUUUGACAAAGCGUUGGACCGCACUGACAAAUUAGUGAAACGUCUCACUGGUGCCAGAGACGAGUUAACGAAGUUCAAGAAUGAGCUGACGACGUUCUCAAUUUGGCUGGACAAAGCCAGAGCCGUACUCGAGGAUAAGGAACGUUCGCUGUCCGAUCUGAAUAAAUUGAGCAGCAGCACGGACACCACUCGCGAUUUCAUCAGCGAUGUCAUCGCUCACCAAGCAGAUUUGAGAUUCAUCACGAUGGCCGCGCAGAAGUUCGUCGACGAGAGCAAAGAGUAUCUCCAAGUUCUCAACGACUUUAGGACCAGCUUGCCGCAAAGACUGCCGCACAAAGAGCCCACUGCCAGCCAGGAUUCGCCGGUACGAGCCGAAGUGUCCAGCGCGACGGCUCGGUACAAAGAUCUACUGUCUCGAGCGAAUCUUCUGUCAGACAGAUUAUCAGGCGUCGGUGGUAAACAGAGAGAUUAUCAUGAUUCUCUGGAUAAAGCUAGAACGUGGCUGAGGGAGGUCGAACCGAAGGUGCACAGAAUUAUUUCCGAGCCUGUCGCCGCCGAGCCGAAACAAGUAGAGGACCAACUGAGCAAAGCCAAGGCGUUGAACAAUGAAUUCGUCGCUAAUGAGCGCUUGGUCGACAACGCUAAGCACAGCCUUGAGGCUUUGCUGCAUUCUCUCGAGGGCCAAUUGACGAUCAACGAAGCUAACGAGCUUGAAGAACCGGUGAAGGCACUGGAAGAUAAAUACAAGCAACUCAGUAACGCCCUGGCUGACAAGUGUCAAGAGCUUGACACAGCGCUAGUGAGAAGCCAAGGAGUGCAAGAUGCGUUGGACAGUCUCGUCGCGUGGCUGAAUAACGUUGAGAGUCAAUUUAAAUCGCUUCAGCGUCCAGCGAGCUUGCAGAAGGAACGUUUGGAGGAGCAACAAAGGGAACAGCGAUUACUUCAAGCCGAUCUGGAUAGCCAUCGUUUGAGCGUAGAAACCAUCACAGCGAACGCUCAAGAUCUUCUCUUGAACUCGAGCAAUGUCCGCAUCGCCAAGCGCAUCGAGAGCAAGCUGAAGGAUGUGCAAAGCAGAUUCGAGAAACUGAUGGACAAGUCUUUGAGGCGCGGCGAAUUCUUGGAUGAAAUAGCGCAAGCUCUGAACGAGUUCCUCAGCGAUGUAUCUAAAUUCGAGAGCUGGUACGCACACAUGAUGGAAGUGCUCGACGCGAGAGAUCUGAGCAAGCUCGACAUGUCGGAGUACGAAGGUAAAAUGGCUCGAUUGAUAGACUUGCGCGAGGAUCAGCGCGGCAAUUUCGAAGAUCUUAUACGCAGCGGAAAGAAUUUAAUCUCCAAGAAGGAUAUAACCGAAGCCGGCGCGAUCCGAGACAAGAUCAAGGCGCUCGAAUCCCAGUGGAAGGAACUGAACAAUCUACUCGACGAGAAACAACGUUUGUGCAAAUCGCGAGCGGAACAACACAUCGCGUACGAGAAGCUGCGGGAUCAAGUGCUCGAUUGGCUCACUCGCACGGAGAACAAGGUGCAAGGCCUCGAACCGGUCGCUGUGGAUUUAGACAAGCUGAAAUUGCAGCAGGAGGAACUGAAACCAAUACAAAAGGAAUAUCGCGACUACGGUAACACGGUCGACAAGAUCAACGAUCUCGGUAUUGCUUACGACAGCCUGUUGAAGGAACGCGGCGAGAGUCCAACGCGUCGCCGUGGCAGUGCCAGUCCGACGAAGAGACCAGUACUGCGAAUGUCACAAGACGGUCGCUCGCCGUCACCCACUAAAUCCUACGCGGUUCAAAGUCCGGUCUCUCCAGGUGGUAGCAGCGGAUUCAGCAGUCGCCGUUCGAGCCAAGACGGCUUCCAUUUGGAGGAACUGUCGCCGGUUCAGCAGCAGCUUUCCGAGAUCAAUCACAGAUACGGAUUGCUCGGCGUCCGAUUGUCCGAUCGCCAAACGGAAUUGGACAACAUUAAGGAGGAACUGAAAAAACAUUUGGAUCAUUUGAAAGUGCUCUCUCAAUUCUUGGAUAAGAUCCAGCGGCAGCUGCCUAAAGAAAGUAUGCCCGCCACUAAAGACGACGCGGACAAAACAGCCAAGCAAGUCAAACUCCUCGUCGAGGAGAUGUACGAGAAGCAGUCUCUGUUGGACAGCACUCGUACGCAAGUGCGUGAUUUGGUCAGACGUAAGAAGGGAGCGGACGGCGUUGACAGAUUGAACGAUGAGAUGGAAGACGUCGCUAGCCGCUGGAGAUCGAUCUCGGACAGAUGCAAGGACAGAAUCAAAUUCUUGGAAGACAUUAAAGACUUCUACGACACGUACGACGGUCUGAAUUCGUGGCUUGGCGCUAAGGAGCGCAUGCUGAGCGCUCUAGGACCGAUUUCGCCCGAUCCUCGCAUGGUCGCGAGCCAAGUGCAACAGGUGCAAGUCCUCCGGGAGGAAUUCAGAACUCAACAGCCGCAAUUGGAUCAUCUGAUACAAGUCGGAGAGAGUAUUCUCGUCACGAUAUCCGUAGAUUCUUCGGACGGACAAAAGAUAAACGCGAAACUGCAGAGCAUCUUGCAAAGAUGGGCGGAUCAAAUGGGAAGAUUGGACGAGAGAGCGCAAAGUUUGGGAGACGCCGUGGAUACCAGUCGCGAGUUCGACGCCAGUCUUAAUCGACUGCGGGACGCCUUGCAAGCAAUUUCGGACAAUUUGGACGAGUUGACUCUUGAAAAAGAUCCCGAAGAGCAACUUCGUAAGAUCGAGAAUCUGGAGAGGCAGUUAGAAGGACAAAGACCGUUGUUGGCGGACGCGGAAAUGGCCGGUGCGCAGUUAUGCGAAGUUCUCAGCGACCCUGCAUCGAGGUCCGAAAUUCAAGGAAAACUCGCCACCGUCGGCAAAAUGUAUAACAACUUGCAGAAGAAGCUGGAUCACAGGAAAGCUGAAAUCGAAGGCAAUCUCCGAGACGGAAGGCAAUUUGAGGCUUCCUGUAGCAGAACUCUUGGAUGGCUCGCCGACGAACUUGGCAAUAUGUCUGAGAAGCUGCUGGUGUCUGCUGACAGAGAAGUUCUGCAACAACAACUUGACCAUCACGAACCUGUAUAUCGAAAUGUGAUGGGUAAAGAGCACGAAGUCAUAAUGCUGUUGAAUAAAGGACGUGACAUACUUGCACGGUCUCAGAAAGCUGAAAACCGUUCUCUUCAACGCGACUUGGACAAGAUGCAGUCGCAGUGGGAUCGCUUGAAGAAGGAUACCGUCGAGAGACACACCAGAUUGCAGACUUGCGCGGAACAUUGCAAGAAAUAUUACAAAGCUCAGGACGUAUUCCUCCCGUGGCUCCGACAGGCCGAGGACAAAUUGGAUAGCUUAAUUCCUACAUCCUUCAGACGCAAAGACAUCGAGAAACAGCUGAAGGAAUUGUCAUCGUUCAGGAACGAAGUGUGGAAGCACUCUGGAGAAUUUGAAAAUAAUAAGACGCUCGGCGAGACGUUUGUCGGAGCUUGCGACAUUGACAAACAGAACGUGAAGAAUGAACUCAGCGCUAUGAAAACUAGAUGGGAUAAAUUGAACAAUGAUUUGCUGUCUAGAACACAGUCUUUGGAAGAUACCGCACGUCACUUAAUGGACUUCAAUGAGAACUUGCGCUAUUUGCAACACGGUUUACAGCGUUGCGAAGAUAAAUUAGCCUCGCACGAUGCUCUUGGUGGAGCAGCCAAGGAUCCAAAACUUCUCGACAGAAUAAAGAAUUUGCGAGAGGAAACGACGAGCUUGAAGAAACCCUUGCAAUGCGUGAAACAACAGGCGAACGAUCUCGUGAACAAAGCCGGCGAGCAAGGCGUCGAUGCGACACAUUUACAGGACGAAAUUGAUAAUGUUACAGAUCGCAUUAAUGAUUUGCAAGCGAAACUGGACGACAGAUGCAACGAGUUGCAGAGCGCGGCGACAGCGGUCGCGCAAUUUAACGAUCAAGCAAAAUCGAUCAAUCAACAUCUGACGGCUCUCGAGAAAGAUUUAGAUUCCAUGAAGGCACCCGGCAGAGAAAUUAAGAUUGUACGAGGCCAAUUAGAGGAUACUUCCAGAGUCAUCAGCAGAAUUAUCAAGCUCUACGAAGAUAUUAGUGAUCUGGAGAAUCGUGGCGAGCGUUUGGUCGAUUACGGUUUCGCCGCUGACGCUGUAGCAACCAGAAAUCAAGUCGAUGGAUUCAAACGACAAAUUGGCAAACUGGAUGAGCGUGCGCGUAACAGAGAGGAUGAGCUCACUUCCACCUUGAACAAGCUGCAAGAGUUCUAUCAAUUGCACGCUGAAGUUAUGGAGGGUAUUAGUGACGCAAACGAACAGGUCAGAAAGUUCAAGCCUGUUGGAUCCGAAGUGGAUUCGAUUAAGGCUCAACAGGAGGACUUUAGAGCUCUUAAAUCCAACAAGAUUGAACCGCUGGCGCACGCCAUCGAUGAGUGUAAUGCACUCGGUCAAAAUCUCAUACAGACUGCAGGACGAGAUGUCAACACAAGUAACAUCGAGAAAGACGUCGACAAAAUGAACGAAAGAUGGAACGAUUUGAAAGAUAGACUGAAUGAACGAGAUCGCAAGCUCGACGUUGGAUUAUUGCAAUCUGGCAAAUUCCAAGAGGCUUUGGACGGCUUAGAGAAAUGGUUGACCGAUACAGAAGAAAUGGUUUCCAAUCAGAAGUCACCGUCCUCCGAUUACAAAGUUGUGAAAGCGCAGUUGCAGGAACAGAAAUUCCUGAAAAAGAUGUUGCUGGACCGUCAAAAUUCUAUGUCGUCUCUCUACAAUAUGGGACGAGAAGUAGCCGCAGAUGCAGAUCCGAAGGAGCGUAAAGCCAUCGAGAAGCAGUUGAACGAUCUAGUGGGCAGAUUCGAUAAUCUGACCGAAAGCGCCGCGGAGAGAAUGGACGCUCUCGAGCAAGCUAUGGUGGUGGCGAAACGAUUCCAAGAUAAAUUAGUGCCGCUUGCCAUCUGGUUGGACAAGACGGAGAAGAAAGUAAGAGACAUGGAGUUGGUUCCCACCGAUGAAGAGAAAAUACAACAACGCAUCAACGAGCACGAUGUACUUCACGAGGACAUCAUAUCGAAGACGCCUGAUUUCAGCGAACUCACGGAGAUAGCAAGCCAGCUAAUGUCGCUCGUGGGCGAAGACGAAGCCGCCGCAUUGGCCGACAAGCUUCAAGAUGCGGCGGACAGAUACGCCGCUUUGGUCGAACGAUCUGAGGCUCUCGGCAGCCUGUUGCAACGCUCGAGGCAAGGCUUGCGUCAUCUGGUUCUCACGUAUCAAGAUCUGCAGGCGUGGAUGGAGAACAUGGAGAUCCGAUUGUCGAAGUAUCGCGUUUUAGCUGUGCACACGGAGAAACUUUUGCAGCAAAUGGACGAUCUCGCGGACCUCACGGAGGAGAUUUCCACGCGGCAAACGGAAGUCGACAGCACCGUGGAUUCCGGUCUGGAACUGAUGAAGCACAUCUCGAGCGACGAGGCGCUUCAACUGAAGGACAAGUUGGACUCGCUGCAGCGUCGAUUCAAUGAUCUCGUCACGCGCGGCUCGGAUCUUCUGAGGCACGCUCAGGAGUCCUUGCCGCUGGUGCAGCAAUUCCACGAUAAUCAUAAUCGAUUGAUGGAUUGGAUGCAGGGCGCGGAGUCGGCUCUUCAGUCCGCCGAGCCUCGCGAGGAGGAGAUCAUACGACUCGAGAUGGAGAUAUCGGAGUACAGACCCGUCUUGGACAAGAUCAACGCGGUGGGCCCGCAGCUGUGUCAAAUGUCGCCGGGCGAGGGUGCCGCGACUAUCGAGGGUCUCGUCACUCGGGACAACAGGCGAUUCGAUGCGAUCGCCGAGCAGAUCCAGAGGAAGGCGGAGAGGAUUCAACUGAGCAAGCAGCGUUCCCUGGAGGUGAUCGGCGAUAUCGACGAUCUGCUCGAUUGGUUCAGGGAGGUCGACAAUCAACUCCGCGAGGCCGAGCCGCCCAGCAGCGAACCUGAGAUUAUCCGAGUACAAUUGAAGGAGCACAAAGCGCUCAACGACGAUAUAUCCAGCCAGAAGGGCCGAGUCCGCGAUGUCAUUUCGACGGCGAAGAAGGUGAUACGUGAAAAUAUUCAGCACGAGGACACGUCUACUAUCAGAGACAAGAUGGAAGAUCUGCGCGAAACGAUGGAGAUUGUGUCGGCCUUAUCGACGGACAGAUUGGGAGCUCUGGAGCAAGCUCUACCGUUGGCUGAGCAUCUUCGCGACACUCACGCCGGUCUCGUCAGCUGGCUAGAGGAGGCCGAACAGCAAAUCGCCAUGUUGCCUAUGCCCGCUCUGCGACCCGAUCUGAUCGCGGCGCAACAAGACAAGAACGAACUUCUCAUACAGAGCAUCAACGAGCACAAGCCUCUGGUGGAGAAACUCAACAAGACCGGCGAAGCUCUCAUCAAAUUGUGCAACGAGGAGGAAGGUAUAAAAGUGCAGGACAUUCUGGAUAACGACAACGCGCGCUACGCCGCGCUGAGAGCCGAAUUGAGAGGUCGACAGCAGGCGUUGGAACAGGCGUUGCAAGAAUCUUCGCAGUUCUCCGACAAGCUGGAAGGUAUGCUGCGUGCGCUGUCGUCCACCGCUGAUCAAGUGAACGGCGCUGAGCCUGUCAGCGCUCAUCCUCCUCGUUUGCGCGAUCAGAUGGAAGAAAAUGCAGCCUUGGCGGACGAUCUUGCACAGAGAUCUGAGGCUUACGCGGCCGUCAAGAAAGCCGCGGACGAUGUGAUCAGCAAAGCCGGCAAUAGAGCCGACCCGGCGGUGAAAGACAUCAAGCGCAAGCUGGACAAGCUUAAUAAAUUAUGGGCGGACGUGCAGAAGGCAACGACCGACCGCGGUCGCACUUUGGACGACACUUUGGCUGUCGCCGAGAAGUUCUGGGCCGAAUUGAACGGAGUGAUGGCUACCCUGAGAGAGCUGCAAGACGCUCUCGCCGGACAGGCACCACCGGCCGCUCAACCGGCCGCCAUUCAGCAGCAGCAGGUGGCGUUGCAGGAAAUCAGACAAGAGAUCGAUCAGACCAAGCCGGAUGUCGAGCAAGUCAGAGCGUCGGGGCACGAAUUGAUGGGAUUGUGCGGCGAGCCGGACAAACCUGAAGUGCGCAAGCACAUCGAAGAUCUGGAUCAGGCUUGGGACAACGUCACCGCUUUGUACGCCAGACGCGAGGAGAAUCUAAUCGACGCCAUGGAGAAGGCGAUGGAGUUCCACGAGACGCUGCAGAAUCUGCUGGAGUUCCUGCAGGAGGCCGAGGACAGAUUCGCGGACAUGGGUCCGCUCGGCAGCGACAUCGACGAGGUGAAGAAGCAGAUCAAGCAGCUGGCCAACUUUAAGGCCGAGGUGGACCCGCACAUGGUGAAAGUCGAGGCGUUGAACAGGAGUCUGACAAGACAAGCGGCAGAAUUAACGGAGAGGACGUCUUCCGAGCAAGCAGCAGCCAUUAAAGAACCACUCGGUGCCGUGAACAAACGAUGGGACGGCCUGCUGAGAGGCUUAGUGGAGAGGCAGCGAUUGCUGGAGAACGCGUUACUGCGGCUCGGUCAAUUCCAACACGCGUUGGACGAGCUGUUGGUGUGGAUCGAAAAGACAGACAAAACGCUUGAUAAUCUCAAGCCGGUAGCCGGCGAUCCGCAAGUGAUCGAAGUCGAGCUGGCCAAACUGAAGGUCCUUGUGAACGACAUACAAGCGCAUCAGACGAGCGUCGACACUCUGAACGACGCCGGACGUCAGUUGAUCGAGGAUGGCAAAGGCACCGCGGAAGCGUCUACCACGGCCGAUAAGCUAGGCACUUUGAAUCGCCGUUGGCGAGAUCUGCUGCAGCGCGCUGCUGAUCGCCAGCGAGAACUGGAAGACGCUUUGCGAGAGGCGCAAUCCUUCACCGCCGAGAUACAGGACUUGCUGUCGUGGCUGGGCGACGUGGAUAACAUGAUAGUAGCCUCCAAGCCCGUCGGCGGUCUGCCCGAGACCGCGUCCGAACAGCUGGAACGCUUCAUGGAGGUUUACAACGAGCUGGAGCAGAACCGUCCAAAGGUCGAAACAGUGCUGCAACAAGGACAAGAAUAUCUGAAGAAGGCAGACACGACCAGCGCGGGUGGAUUGAAUCACAAUUUACGCACGUUGAAGCAGAAGUGGGACAACGUGCUCGCGCGCGCCAGCGAUAAGAAGAUAAAAUUGGAGAUCGCGCUGAAGGAGGCUACCGAAUUCCACGACGCGCUGCAAGCGUUCGUUGAUUGGCUGACCAACGCUGAGAAGAUUCUGACGAAUCUUAAACCGGUCUCGAGGGUUAUGGAAACGAUACUCCAACAAAUCGAAGAGCACAAAGCAUUCCAGAAGGACGUCGGCGUGCAUCGCGAGACCAUGUUGAAUCUCGACAAGAAAGGAACUCAUCUCAAAUACUUCUCUCAGAAGCAGGACGUGAUUCUUAUUAGAAACUUGCUCGUGAGCGUGCAGCACAGAUGGGAACGAGUGGUCUCCAAGUCGGCGGAGCGGACGAGAGCGUUAGAUCACGGUUACAAGGAGGCCAGAGAAUUCCACGACACCUGGUCGAACUUGAUGAACUGGUUGGACGAAACCGAAAAGACGCUGGACGAAGUCGCGGCUGACGGACUCGGCGGCAACGAUCCGGACAGAAUUAAAGCGCGCCUCACCCGACACCGUGAGAUACAGAAGGCGCUGAGCGCUAAGCAGAGCACGUACGACACGACGAUGAAGAACGGGAAAACGUUGAAGGACAAAGCGCCGAAGACUGACGAGCCCGCUUUGAGAGAACUUCUGAACGAGUUGAAGAACAAAUGGACUACUGUAUGCGGUAAGUGCGUGGAUCGACAGAGGAAACUGGAGGAGGCCCUGCUGUUCUCCGGACAGUUCAAAGAUGCGAUUCAGGCGCUGCUUGAGUGGCUGAGCAAAACCGAGAAGUAUCUGGCCAACACCGGACCGCUUCAUGGCGAUCUGGAUACUGUAACCAAUCUAGUGGAGCAGCAUAAGACCUUUGAGAGGGAUCUGGAGUCGCGCGCUUCGCAAAUGGAGUCCGUCAUCAAGACAGGUCGCGAGCUGGAGUCUAAAGCUUCCAUCGAGGACGCGUCGAUGAUCAGGUCGCAACUAUCCGAAUUGAACAGCCUCUGGGACAGAGUGACCAGUCUAUCGUCGAAGAAGUCGAGGCAACUAGAAGACGCCCUUCGAGAGGCCGAACGACUUCACAAAGCUGUUCACGUGUUGCUGGAAUGGCUGAGCGACGCGGAGAUGAAGUUGCGAUUCGCCGGACCGCUGCCGGAAGACGAGCAAGAGAGCAGAAACCAACUUAUGGAGCACCAGAGAUUCCUCCGCGAGUUGCAGACUAAGGAAAUCGAGAAGGACAACACGUUGGAGCUGGCGCACAUCAUCCUCGGAAAGGCUCAUCCGGACGGCGCCGCCGUCAUCAAACACUGGAUCACGAUUAUUCAAUCCAGGUGGGAGGAAGUGGCGACUUGGGCUUAUCAGAGGAACCAAAGGCUGGAGAAUCAUAUGCAAGGCUUGCAGGAUCUUGACAAUCUUCUCGAGGAGUUGUUAGCCUGGCUCGAAGGUUUGGAGAACACCUUGAACGCCCUCGAAGCGGAACCCUUGCCGGAUGACAGGGCUACGCUCGAAAUGCUCAUCGCGGAUCACAGAGAAUUUAUGGAGAAUACCAGCCGAAGGCAAAACGAGGUUGAUCGCGUGUGCAAGGCCCGGCAAAUCAAGCCGAUAAAGGAUGCGAGAAAAAUAUCGAAAAUUAGAUCGCCAGCGCCCACUAAGGAUCUCUAUCAGGAUAGCGAGCUUGAGCAGCCUCAACCUCGUAAGCAAAGCCGAGGCAGCCCAGGUCGUGACAGAACGCCAGAUCUUACAUUGCCACACAUCGGUCCACGCUUCCCACCUAAAGGAAGCAAAGGAGCCGAACCGGAAUUCCGUAGUCCGAGAGUUAAGCUGCUCUGGGAUAAAUGGCGUCAUGUUUGGAUGCUGGCAUGGGAACGUCAACGUCGCCUGCAGGACAAAUACAAUUACAUUCAAGAGUUGGAUCGUGUCGCCAACUUUAGCUGGGAAGAUUGGCGCAAACGGUUCCUGAAAUUCAUGAAUCAUAAGAAGUCCAGGCUGACCGAUCUGUUCAGGAAGAUGGAUAAGAACAACGACGGACUUAUUCCGAGGGAGGACUUCAUUCAAGGAAUUAUGAACACCAAAUUCGAGACUUCUCGUCUGGAGAUGGGCGCUGUCGCCGACCUCUUCGACCGUCACGGCGAGGGCUUGAUAGACUGGAAAGAGUUUAUCGCCGCCCUGCGACCCGACUGGGAGGAACGACGAACGUACAACGACACAGACAAGAUCCACGACGAAGUGAAGCGGCUGGUCAUGCUGUGCACCUGUCGCCAGAAGUUCCGCGUUUUCCAAGUUGGCGAAGGAAAGUACAGGUUUGGUGACAGCCAGAAGCUGCGAUUGGUUCGAAUCCUACGCUCCACUGUCAUGGUACGCGUAGGCGGAGGCUGGGUAGCGCUAGACGAAUUCCUCUUGAAGAACGACCCGUGCCGCGUUUUUCUAAUGCCAAUACCGGAUCCUAACAAACCGGAACAACAUGAGGGUUGGUGUCCGCUCGCCAAGGGAAGAACGAAUAUCGAGUUGCGGGAGCAAUUCAUACUAGCGGACGGCGUUAGCCAGACUAUGACGGCCUUCCGGUCCAAGCCGAGCCCGACCUCGACGCUGCAGCGUACGCAGAUAUCCUCCAGCACUGCGGGACCGAUCACCAAGGUAAGAGAACGCAGUGCUCGCAGCGUACCUAUGGGUCAAUCGCGAGCAUCGCGCUCAUCCUUGAGCGCCGGCACGCCGGACAGCCUUAGCGACAAUGAAAGUUCCUUCAAGUUAUCUGGUAGGAAAACCAGCACGCCUUAUAGAUCUACCGUGACGCCCGGUGGUAGCCGUCCAUCUAGCAGGCCGGCCUCAAGACCUGCCUCCCGACCUGCCAGUAGACCGAGUAGUCGACCAGCGUCGAGACAGGGAAGUAAACCGCCUAGUCGAUACGGAUCCACGCAAUCCUUGGAUGAUGAUUCAUGCACGCCGAGUCGCAUCCCGCGAAGAACAGUCGUGGGUGGCUCCGGCAACACUCCGACGUCCAGUAGACACAACAGCAUAUCUGGUAGGAAACUCACGACUCCGAUGAAUGGCUCGAGCUCCCGACCCCGCACCCCGACAGGAUUGAUCAGUCCCGCCGGCGGAGUGUCCUCCAGCCGCUCUAGGAUACCCGUGUAUGUGGGGGUGGAUAUUAAAUCUCCUCAGUCGACCACCAGCAAUAUGUCGACUCAUUCAACACAAAGCAACCAUUCUACGAUUUCUACUGAUUCCACUGGGAGCAGUUCCGUGUGCACAAACUCAGCAACUAACAUACCAACAGCCGUAAAGCAAGCUAGGGUACGCACACCGUCCAGUGGAUCCAGCACACCGCUGCCGCCUUCGAAGUUAUCGAGGAAACCCUCCGGUGCUUCCGACACGUCCGUGUCGGGAACAACGCCGAGCACACGGAGAGGAAAACCCACGCCGAUCGAGCAACGCGCGCCGUUCCGAUUGUAAUAGCUUAUUAACGGAAAUGUAGCUUAUAAAACUCGCAAAUUAUGCCUGAACAUAGAAUAAAUAUAUAAAAGAAAAACAUCCCCGCUGCAUAUUAAAGGAUGACCGCAAGGUAUUACAGGGAACAUAUUGUUAUUAUAUGAUAAGAGAGAGAAAUAUGCGCGUGAUGCGCGCACGCUAAAUCGACUGGAUCGAAAUUUUUCAUAGAAGGCAAAUGAGGAAUAUAUAAAUUAUGAUAUAAUUUUUAUCAUUCUGUUGUAUUUCGCCAAGUACUGAAUGCCAUUUAAAUUAUGAAAUACCAAUGAGUGUUUGAUACUCUCUUAAAGUAAGGGAUGAACGAGUUAGGGGAGGUUUAUUUAUUUCAUGCUCGCGUUAGAAAGUGCUUAAAGCGUCUAUCUAGUUUAUAAUAACGCAUGGGAGCGAAGUAAAUUAUUGUUAUAAAUACUUUAACCACGGUAUUGCCGAAAAAGUGCAGGGUUAAUGCGCUAUAACUGAAAAUAUUUCGGCGAGAUAUUUCAUAUCUCCGUCGACUCUCUUGAUUAAGGACAAUACUACUAAAAAGAUUUUAUUAUAAAAAGAUCAGCAUUAUAUGUAUUAUAAUUACGCUUAUGUUUGAAGUAUAAUUAGAUGCGUGUAAUUACUUUUAGCGUAGUUUGCUCAUUUCCCGCACGCAUGCCUUUGCGUGUUUUAUACCGUCGCGUAAAUUGUCCGAGGGUUUUCUCGGUGAAACUUUGACCCAUAUAAUUGAGUAAAUUGUAUACUCGAAGACAUUAAUUUAUUUAAUAUUUUCUGCUUGACUUAUGUAUAUUAGUCAUAAGACGUAAUUAACGUCUAACGCGCAUUUGUUAAAAAAAUGAGAAAGAAACUUUGUAUGCGUUUCUCGAUUAGGCAAUCGACAUUCAUUUUUGUUAUCCGUUUCGCAAAUUGCCGCACAUAUUGGACUAGUCGUAUAUUUGUAAAAAUCAGAUUGAAUCUUUUCUUGUUUUAUUUUCUUUUUUUUUUGCAUUAUGCAGCCAAUUGUAUAAGAGAAUUAUUCUAUGUGUAAUCUAUAAAUAUUGAUUGAUUUUAACAAUCUGUUUAAGAGAUAUAUACAUAUAUAUAUAUAUACAUAUUACUUCGAGGAAUAUUUUUAACGUCCUUGCGAAACGGAAUAUCUUGCAGUUUUGUGAACAACUACGACAGUAAUCAAACCUAGUUUACGAUUACGCACAAGUUUAACCCUCGAACGGUCGUAGCUGAAAAGCAUAAUUUUAUAGGCAUUGAUUUUUAAAGUAAUGUUAAAGUAAUGUCUAUGAAAUUCUCUUAAUUAGAACAUGCCAAUUAUCAAUAUGAAAUGUUCAAUGAAGAUGGUUUAAAUUGUGGAUUUCACUGACGGAGCGAGAUAUUAAAUUUAAAAAAAUUUACGCCCGUUCCAGGGUUAACACGCGAUUCGCUUUUGUUAUGCGUUUGCGAAUCGAUUUAUUAAUAUAUAAAUAAAUAAAUAAUGAUUAUUAUAUAAUUAUGUAUCUGUGUAAUUAUAUAAUAAUUGCUGAUUAUAAUUGAUUAACGUGAGAUUUAAGAGUUCAGGGGAACAUACCUAACAGCGUUAAAAUAUUAAAUAAAGAAAAAAUUACGUGUGAAUAGCUAAGUAAAAUAUAUUCCGUUGCGCGAAGUGGCCUGUUAGGUGACGGGUAGAAAAGAAAAACUCUGAGAAAAAAAAGACAUUUCCAUUUUUUUUACAUGUAUACUUUUAGACGCGAUUAAUAUAUAACGAGAUACGACUCGCUGCCUCUUUAUAAAUGUUACGUAAUGCGAUUAAUCUUAUUAACAACUUCUCAGCGUACGAUUUUUUGUUUCUUUUUCACUUACCGAGAAGUGCUGUAUCGAUGCUAAUAAUGCAGUGAUAAAGAGAAAUAUAACAAACAACACGCACA